AUUUUUUGUUUUCUGUAAAAUCUUUUAUUCCUAUUAUUAUUUUAAUAUAAAAUGAUGAAUGCACGUAAAAUGAAGUGUGCCUAAUUUUUACAAUUUUAUGAAAAAGCGCGUAGAGUAUUGUAACAGGAGGGUAAGACGUGACCAUAAUCGAAACUAAAUAAACCAGCAUCUCUCAAUCUUUCGGUUUCGAAAGUGGAGUGUUGUCGUCCUUUGACAGAUCAUAUUUCACCGAUCAUGGCUCUUUUAGAGGUAAGCGGUUUUUCGUCCAUUUCCGGAUUCGGAAAACAGUUUGGCUCAAAGCAAACACAGCUCGUGGUCCGACCGAAUCACUACAAUUUUGGGGCGAAAUCUCAAGAAUUUGCUGUUCCAGUUGGAGUUGACCCCUCAACCUUUCUGAAAUCAUGCAGCUGUGAGGAUGGCAUAUCAAUCGACAUGAACCAUGGCACCACUACAUUGGCUUUCAAGUUCCGCCACGGCGUCAUUGUGGCAGUUGACUCUAGGGCCUCAGCUGGUAGCUACAUUGCAUCAAAGGAGGCAAAUAAAGUGAUUGAGAUCAACCCUUACCUGCUGGGCACCAUGUCCGGCAGUGCAGCAGACUGUCAGUACUGGGAAAGACUUCUGGCUAAAGAGUGCAGGCUUUACAAGCUGCGGAACAAGCAACGGAUCUCAGUGUCUGCAGCUUCCAAGCUGCUGUCCAACAUGAUGCUAGGUUACAGAGGCAUGGGCCUCUCCAUGGGUAGCAUGAUCUGUGGCUGGGACAAGAAGGGUCCAGGUCUGUAUUACGUUGAUGAUGAAGGCACACGUCUCUCAGGUCAAAUGUUUUCUACGGGCUGUGGGAACAGCUAUGCGUACGGGGUAGUGGACAGUGGCUAUCGUGAAGAUAUGACAGUGGAAGAAGCAUAUGAGUUGGGUCGCCGUGGUAUUGCUCAUGCCACACACAGAGAUGCCUACUCUGGUGGAGUUGUCAAUUUGUAUCACAUGAGAGAAGAUGGCUGGAUCAAGGUGUGCAAGGAGGAUGUGUCUGAGCUAAUUCACCGCUACAGGAAGGGAAUGUUCUGAUCCUGGACCAGUGUGUAUACUGACACAGAAACACCAAUACUGCUCUGUGACUUCACCUGAUAUGAUUUAGAAUAAAGAUGCUUUUCAAAUGAAAUGCUAA